CUGCAUUCGGAUCCGCUCCCGUGCACCUCCUCGUCCACUACCUACUACUUCUGCUGUGAUUUCGAAAUUUUCAGGUGAAAAAGCCGUGUAGACUUCUCGCGCUCAUUGACAAAUCUGCAAAGUCGUCACGAUUGUGAUCCAAUCGGCGCGCCCCUAACACUCUUUCGCAAAGGCGAACUCGACCUCAGAGGACCUCAACUGUCCUCAAUUGGUGCGGAUCUCAGGGGAUUGUUCAUCUCUUCGUGUAUCUGCACGAGGCUGACAACCGGCACUGCUCCCGGCAAUCUUCACAUCUAGCGAUAUCUCCGAGACCGGCAAGCUGGCUUACCCCGCGAGGCAGUUGUUGCGUCCCUUCAGUAGCCGGAGCUACCCCACCAUAUCUAGAAUGACCUCACGGGCGACGGCGAACUCCCGCCUGAAUCUUUUCUCUAAGCACCUCGACUCCAAGCCAUUCCUUGCGUUGAACACACCAUUCUCGACCGAACGCAGCGGACAUCUUGAAGACGCCCAAGGCAAUCGCAUCCAACGCAACAAACCCCAGGAACUCAAGAAGUCUGUACCGAAGGAAGAAGAACCACCCAAGAUGGCUUCCUCCCAGGCUCCCCACCCAGCUCUUAUGAUCCCCGGACCUAUCGAGUUCGACGAUGCUGUCCUUAAUGCUAUGAGCUUCUAUAGCGAAUCGCACGUUGGCCAGCCAUUUGUCAACUGCUUCAGCGAGGUCCUCCAGAACCUCCGUAAGCUCUUCCAGACCACCGACCCUGCCUCGCAACCCUUCGUUAUCUCCGGCUCCGGCACACUUGGAUGGGACCAGGUCGCCGCCAACCUGGCUGAGCCUGGUGAUGAGGUCCUCGUACUACACACUGGAUACUUUGCCGACUCGUUCGCCGACUGCUUCGAGACCUAUGGCGUCAAGGUCACACAACUGAAGGCACCCAUUGGCGACCGACCCCAGCUCGAUGAGGUCGAGAAAGCCCUGAAGGAGAAGAAGUACAAGAUCCUCACAGUCACACACGUUGAUACAUCAACUGGUGUGCUCAGCGAGCUCAAGGCAUUGAGCGAUCUGGUUGAAAAGGUCAGCCCUGAGACACUGCUCGUUGUUGACGGAGUUUGCAGUGUUGGAUCUGAGGAGAUUCGCUUUGACGACUGGAAGCUCGAUGUUGUCCUCACAGCAUCACAGAAGGCCAUUGGAUGCCCUGCUGGUCUCAGCAUCCUGGUGGCAUCUGGGAAGGCAAUUGAGGUCUUCAAGAACAGGAAGACAAGACCUACAUCUUAUUUUGGUUCAUGGAAGAACUGGCUACCGAUUAUGCAGAACUACGAGGCCAAGAAGCCUUCCUACUUUGCCACGCCAUCGCCUCAGCUCAUCCACGCUCUCGACGUAGCACUUAAGCAGAUCCUCUCGCGCCCUCUGGAGCAGCGCUUUGCCGACCACAAGGCUGCAUCACAGAAGAUCAAGAAGGCUGUCGCAGACUUCGGCCUGAAGCAGCUUGCCUCGAAGCCCGAGAACCAGGCCAACGGCAUGACCGCCAUCUACCUGCCUGAGGGCGUCACACCGCCCGAUGUCCUGCCCAACCUGCUGAAGAAGGGCGUCAUAUUCGCUGGUGGUCUCCACAAGGAGAUCGCUACCAAGUACGUUCGAUGCGGACACAUGGGUGUCAGUGUGACAGACCCCAACCGUGCGGACAUCACAAAGGCCAUUGAGAGCUUGAAGGAGGCAUUGACAGAGGUCGGCCACAAUGCCCAGAAGUAAGAAAUAAGUCAGAUAUUCUGUAUAUACGUCACACGGCUAGAUAAAAAAAAAGAUCGGGUGCAAGCAGACGCUGUGUCGAUAAAUCUGCCGAAAAUAGCACCGCACUUUUAGUUCCAUCCUUCGAG